AUGUGGAAUAUUUCUGAUCUUGAAAGUGAAAAUAUAUUACAAUUUUUAAAAGAUUAUGAAGAAAAUCAUUAUAUGGAAAGUAUUGUACAAUCUGAGAGCGAACAAAUGUGUUAUAGUUAUGAUGAUAAGGGAAAACAAAGUCACAUAAGAAAUGGUGACAUAGUUCUAGCUUCAAACGCAACAAAUUUAGAUAAAUUUACAUUUUCAAAUGCAAUGGCUCAAUCAGUAAAAUUAGGUAUAUGGGAAGCAUCUUUAGAUAAUUAUAUACGUUCUAUAGAAUUCGUUACUGAAGAUUUAAAAGCUGGUAGAAAGUUAACAUUAACUCAACAGGAAGUAUUAAAAAAACAAGGAGAAUUAUUUGCUUUGCGACAUUUGAUUAAUUUAAGUUCAGAUUUGUUAGACACGCCUGAUUUCUAUUGGGAAAGAGAUGAUCUAGAACGUCUUUACCAAGAGAUUUGUUCAUAUUUUAAUAUUGCAAAACGUACAAGAAACUUGUGA